AUGGCAUACGUCGGCCUAAUAUUGGCAGCCCUAUUGGCCAUUUUCAUGUGGUGCUACCGCAGAUCCAAGGAGGCGCAGCAGUAUUGGCAAAAUCGUGGUGUGGCGGUUCCGGUGCCUCCAAUGAUUUUCCUGGGAAACUUGGGAAAACGUCUUACAAUGAGGUGCUCGUUUCACGAAAUGCAGAAGGAAUUGUAUGAUGAGAUGAAGGAAUAUAGAUACGCAGGAUAUUAUGAAGGAGCCAGAAGAUUACUGAUGCUAAUCGACGAAGAAUUAGUACGAACAGUUUUGAUCAAGGACUUCGACUAUUUCUGUGAUAGACCAACUCUUGACUUACGAGAAGACAAUUAUUUACGACAUAUGUUAAUAAGUUUGAAGGGUACACAUUGGAAAAAAGUUCGUAGUGUUAUGACUCCAACCUUCAGCAGUGGGAAAAUUCGAGCCAUGACUGAACUUUUGCGGCACAGUGCUAAGCAAAUCGUUCAGUUUCUGGACGAACGUGAUGUAACUGGUAAAAAUGGGCACAGUGUAGAUUUAAAAGAUUUGUUUGGACGCUAUGCAAUGGACAUUAUUGCCAAUUGUGCCUUCGGAGUCCAAUGUGAUUCUUUAACAAAUCCAAAUGCAGAUUUCAUCCAACGGGCUUCCCAUAUUGAUGAAGUGAGCAUUCCCCAACGCUUCCUGAUUUUCUUUGUCAUGAUCUGCUGGCCAGGAUUAGCCAGAUACGUCCCUCUCAACAUGUUUCAUCAUGAAACUUUACAAUUUCUGGCAGAAGUUGUGAUACAGACAAGAAAAUACCGAGAACUUGAUACCAAAAAUAGGAGAAACGAUUUUCUUCAACUUCUACUAGAUGCUGCAUCAUCAGGAACGGAGGAGAGCGCAGUAUUGAGUGAUGACCGGGUCCUGGUUGCUCAAGCCUUAUUAUUCAUGAUAGCCGGUUACGAGACAUCAAGUUCAGCACUCUCAAGUACUGCCUACGAGCUUGCAAGACAUCCAGAGAUUCAAGAAAAAGUACGGCAAGAAACUGCAGAAUUGGGACAUGAUUCGCCUUAUCUAGAAAUGGUUAUAUUAGAAGCCAUGCGUUUGCAUCCUACAGUAGCACGCCUAGAUCGCUCUGUAACUGCAUCUUAUGAAUUGGACCCUUCAACAGGACUAAUUUUGCAACCUGGUGAUAUAGUUUCUAUUAACGUCAUCGGAAUGCAUUUUGAUGAAAGACAUUUUCCAGAACCAAACAGGUAUGAUCCGGAAAGAUUUAGUCCAGAAGAAAAAGCAAAACGAUCUCCAUACGUUUAUCUUCCAUUUGGUGCAGGUCCACGCAAUUGUAUAGGUGCCAGAUUUGCAAUGCUCAGUAUUCGUCUAGCUUUAAGUGAAAUAUUACGAGUGUACAAAUUUAAAGUUGGCGACAAAACAGAAAUUCCCAUGAAGCUUAGUACACGAUCAUUGCUCCACAAAGCAGCUAAUGGUGUAUGGGUUGAUAUUGUCCCUUUACAGAAAGAGGAAAAAUGA